AUGGUCCACUACGCCUCCCUCCUAGCUACCCUUCUCUGGGCUUCUUCCUCUCUCGCCACAAUCAAGUCAUCGGAAGAUAGCAGUGCGAUCAAUAUUUCUAAUGACCGACUGUCAUUCUCUGUACUGAAGAGCUCAGGUGCCGUCAACAAGCUCUCUCUUGAUAGACAGAACCUCCUUGGCACCGGGCGUGGUCCAUAUCUUGAUUGCCACUGCACCGAGGCCGGCCAGUGGGUGCCUGGCAGAGGCGCAACAUACAAGCUCGUUACAGGCAAUGACAGCGCCGGCAAAGCAUACGCCGGUGCCAUAAUGAGCCAAGAGUACCAAGGCACAGGAAAGGUCCUCGAGCAAUACUGGUUCCUGCGCGAUGGAGAGACAGGACUUCACGUGUUCGCACGCGCAAAGUAUAGCAAUGCGCAAACACCAAGCGGUGGUGAUCUGGGUGAAUUUAGGCAGCUAUUUCGUCCAAGCGCUUCCGUGUGGACACAUCUGUCAUCGAGCGAUGAGAUGUAUGCUCCGCUGCCAGAUACGAGCGGUGCACCAGUUGUGCAAGAUGCGACAACCGAUCUUUCGAGUAAAAAGGAUGAUCCAUAUGUGAAGCAGAUGUCGGAUUACUUUACAAAGUACAUGUUCAGUGAAGACUGGCGCGACCAGACUGUACAUGGCAUGUAUGCAGACGGCAGCAAAGUUGCGGAUGGAUCGACGUUUGGUGCUUGGCUGGUGAUGAAUACGAAAGACACAUACUUCAAUGGGCCGACGCACUCGGAUCUCACAGUGGAUGGUAUUGUUUACAACUACCUGGUCUCGAAUCAUCACGGUAAUGGCGUUCCGGAGAUGGUGAACGGUUUUGAUCGUACUUUUGGCCCACAAUACUACUACUUCAACAAAGGUGCUAAAGGCACUUCAUUGCAACAACUUCGCAGCGAUGCAGCAAAAACUGUGUCUACCGAUUGGACCAAGUUCUAUGACUCCAUCACUCAGCACGUGCCCAAUUUGGUGCCGUCCUCUGGCCGUGGAACAUUCAAAGGCACCAUCGCGCUCCCCAAAGGUGCCACGCGUGUUCUCGCAGUGCUCGCAUUAAGUGGUGUUGACUUUCAGGAUAACAACAAAGAUGGCAGCGCAUACCAGUACUGGGGCAACGUCGAUGCCUCCGGUAGCGUUUCGAUACCUUCUGUCAAAGCUGGAACGUAUCGCUUGACAGUAUAUGCCGAUGGUGUAUUCGGGCAAUACGAGCAGGACGACGUCGUCAUCAAAUCAGGCGCGACAGCAACGGUCACUGCAUCCUGGACCGCAGAAUCUGCGGGCACUGAACUUUGGCGCAUUGGUACACCGGACAAGAGUAGCGGCGAGUUCCGCCAUGGCAAUGAAAGGGACACUUCGAAGCCGUUGCAGCCGCGUCAAUAUCGCUUGUAUUGGGCGGUGCAUGAUUUUGUAAAGGAUUUCCCGGAUGGCGUCAAGUACAAAGUUGGAUCGUCGAGUUUGCGCGACCUUAAUUACGUUCAUUGGAGUGUGUUUGGUGGCAAGGGAAACUCCAUUCGCCCAGAUCCGUACUACACCAAUGUCAGCAACUGGACACUCGCAUUCGACUUGGAGCAAGCACAACUCUCUAAUAAGUCGUCCGCGACACUUACCGUUCAACUCGCUGGUGUGAAGACCUCGGCGGGGAAUAACGACGAAGCUGGGGGCAAAGCUUGGGAGAAUCUCCCCUACAACGUUGUCGUCAAUGGGAAACAACUUGAUACCUGGACGAUUCCAAGUCAACACUCGUCGAGCUGUGCGGUGAGAAGCUCGGCCGGAUGUUACACCACGGGCCAUAAGUUCAAGUUCGAUGCAAGCACGCUAAAGGCUGGUGCGAAUGAGAUGAUCUUGAGUCUUCCGGCUAGAGCCACUGCGCCUGAGAACGCGGUGUUGACUGAGACUGUUUAUUUGCAGUAUGAUGCAUUGCGACUCGAAGUUUCUUGA